AUGGGUGACUGGAGCUUCCUGGGGAGACUCCUCGAGAACGCCCAGGAGCACUCCACCGUCAUCGGCAAGGUCUGGCUGACCGUGCUGUUCAUCUUCAGGAUCCUGGUGCUGGGGGCCGCGGCCGAGGAGGUCUGGGGGGACGAGCAGUCGGACUUCACGUGCAACACGCAGCAGCCCGGCUGCGAGAACGUGUGCUACGACCGCGCCUUCCCCAUCUCGCACGUGCGCUUCUGGGUGCUCCAGAUCAUCUCCGUGUCCACGCCGACCCUCAUCUACCUGGGCCACGUGCUGCACCUGGUGCGCAUGGAGGAGAAGAGGGAGGAGAAGAGGAAGGAGCGCGAGGAGGAGCAGCUGAAGGCCGACGGCCCACCGCUCGGACAGAAGGACAGGCCCCCCGUGCGCGACGACCGGGGCAGGGUCCGCCUCGCCGGCGCCCUGCUCCGCACCUACGUCUUCAACAUCAUCUUCAAGACGCUGUUCGAGGUGGGCUUCAUCGCCGGGCAGUACUUCCUGUACGGCUUCCAGCUGCAGCCGCUGUACCGCUGCGACCGCUGGCCCUGCCCCAACACGGUGGACUGCUUCAUCUCGCGGCCCACGGAGAAGACCGUCUUCAUCCUCUUCAUGCUGGCGGUGGCCUGCGUGUCCCUCCUGCUCAACGUGCUGGAGAUCUACCACCUGGGCUGGAAGAAGCUGAAGCAGGGCAUGACCGACCCCUACCGCCCGGACACUCCGGGGUCCAGGCAGGGGGGCGCCAAGCCCGGGAGCGGGAGCCCCGUCCUCCUGCCCCCGCCCUCCGCCCCGCCCGCCCUCGCCAUCGGCUUCCCGCCCUACGACGCGCCCUCGGCCUCCUCCCUGGGGCAGGCGUCGGCCCCGGGCUACCCCGAGCCCCCUCCGCCGGCGGCCGUCUUCAGCGCCGCAGCCCUGCCGGGGACCCCGGGCGAGGGCCACCAGCACCUGCCCGCGACGGCGCAGACCUGGGCCAACCGGGAGGCCGCGCCGCAGACUCCGGCCGGGAAGGCCUCCCCGCCCGCGUCCGCGCGCGCAGCCCCGACCCCGACCCCGACCCCGACCCCCGCGGGCGGCGCGCUGCAGCCCCCUCCGCAGGGCGGGCCCGGGAGCUCGGGCGACAGCGACGGGGAGGGGGCGGUGACGGCCGUGGAGCUGCACGCGCCCCCCGAGCUCCCCGCAGACCCCGGCCGGUGCAGCAAGGCCAGUAAGGCCAGCGGCCGGGCCAAGGCCAGCGACCUGGCCAUCUAG